GUACAGUGGCGGUGGCAGAGUAAGUGCAAGCGAGAAGUGAGUGGUAUCGAGUUGCAAAUGGUGGACAGUAUUUGACCCUCGUCGCGUUAACAUCAGGUGAAAAUGUAUAAAGCAAGGACAGUAUUCAGUACGCUGGUCCCUUUGGCGCCGCGCAUAUGCGGGCCCGAAAGAUACGCAUCCUGGGUGGUCCGUAGUCAUUCAUUGACUAGGACCAGCCAGUUGAUUUUCACGGAGCCCGCGCGCAAAUACAAUAGCCGAGUAGCAACCGAACCCUUCUUGAAUGGCAGCACCAGCUCUUACGUGGAAGAGAUGUACAACGCGUGGCUGCAAGAUCCACACAGUGUGCACGUGUCAUGGGAUUCCUUCUUUCGAAACAGCACCGCUGGAGCUGCCCCAGGAUUCGCAUAUCAGGCACCACCAUCCCUCGCUCCAAGUUACAAUCAAGUACCACUCGGAGCGUUGUUGCCCCUGGGUGGCGGAACGCAACUCGGCCAGGCGCCUGUCAAUGAAAAAAUUAUUGAUGACCAUCUAGCGGUGCAAGCUAUCAUUCGUUCUUAUCAGGCCCGAGGUCACUUAGUUGCUGAUCUGGAUCCGCUGGGUAUUAUGCAAACAGACCUGAUACACACUCAUUAUGCAGCACGCAAAGGAUCUCCAGAACAAGUGUUGCGACAGUAUAUGCUUGAGGAGUCGGACAUGGAUCGUGUUUUCAAAUUGCCAUCCACCACAUUUAUUGGCGGCAAGGAGAAAUCAUUGCCGUUGCGUGAGAUUCUGAAACGGCUCGAAGCGGCUUACUGCGGUCACAUCGGUGUUGAGUUCAUGUUCAUUAACUCUUUGGAGCAGUGCAAUUGGAUCAGGCAAAAGAUGGAAACACCCGGAAUCAUGGAAAUGACGAAUGACGAGAAGAGACUUAUUUUAGCCAGAUUGACACGUGCAACCGGAUUCGAGGCAUUCUUGGCACGCAAAUGGUCCUCGGAGAAGAGAUUUGGUUUGGAGGGUUGCGAAAUUUUAAUUCCAGCUAUGAAGCAAGUGAUUGAUAAAUCCACGGAAUUGGGAGUUGAGUCGAUUGUCAUGGGUAUGCCUCACCGUGGUCGUCUCAAUGUUCUCGCUAAUGUCUGUCGUAAGCCACUGAGUCAAAUUUUUACACAAUUUGCUGCUCUCGAAGCCGCUGAUGAUGGUUCUGGCGAUGUGAAAUAUCAUUUGGGCACUUACAUAGAACGUCUUAAUCGAGUGACGAACAAGAACAUUCGUCUGGCUGUGGUUGCAAAUCCAUCGCACUUGGAGGCCGUAGAUCCGGUGGUUCAAGGCAAAACACGCGCCGAGCAAUUUUACCGUGGCGAUGGCGAAGGCAAAAAAGUCAUGUCCAUUCUUCUUCAUGGAGAUGCUGCGUUCUGUGGUCAAGGUAUUGUCUUCGAAACAAUGCAUCUAUCUGAUCUGCCUGAUUACACAACCCACGGCACUAUUCAUAUUGUUGUGAAUAAUCAGAUCGGUUUUACCACCGAUCCGAGGCAUUCACGAUCGUCGCCAUAUUGCACUGAUGUGGCUCGAGUAGUAAACGCACCCAUCUUCCAUGUGAAUUCCGACGAUCCCGAAGCCGUAAUGCAUGUGUGUAAAGUUGCGGCAGAAUGGAGGGCUACCUUCCACAAGGACGUUGUGAUCGAUUUGGUCUCCUACAGGCGCAAUGGCCACAACGAGAUUGACGAACCGAUGUUCACUCAGCCUCUGAUGUAUCGUAAGAUCAAAGAUACUUUGUCAGCUCUUGACAAAUAUGCCAACUCGCUCAUCGAAAGUACUGUCGUCACUCCUGCGGAAGUUGAGGAUGUCAAAGCCAAGUACGAAAAGAUCUGCGAAGAAGCAUAUAACAAUGCUAGGCAGGAAACACACAUUAAGUACAAAGAUUGGUUGGAUUCGCCAUGGUCAGGUUUCUUUGAAGGAAAAGACCCGUUGAAGGUUUCGCCUACUGGUAUCAAGGAAGACACGCUUAUACAUAUUGGAAAGAAAUUCUCAUCGCCGCCACCGAAUGCUGCUGAAUUUGUCAUCCACAAAGGUAUCGAGCGUAUUUUGAAAUCUCGUAUGGAAAUGAUUGAGGCUAGAACUGUCGACUGGGCUCUUGGCGAAGCUAUGGCUUUCGGAUCUCUUCUCAAGGAAGGUAUUCACGUUCGUUUGUCAGGUCAGGAUGUGGAAAGAGGCACGUUCUCUCACAGGCACCACGUAUUGCAUCAUCAGACUGUAGAUAAGGCAACUUAUAGACCACUCUGCUAUUUAUAUCCUGAUCAGGCACCUUACACAGUGUGCAACAGUUCUUUAUCCGAAUUUGGCGUUCUCGGAUUUGAGCUAGGUUAUUCUAUGACGAAUCCUAAUGCUUUGGUAUGCUGGGAAGCUCAAUUCGGAGACUUUAACAAUACGGCGCAAUGUAUAAUUGAUCAGUUCAUCAGCAGCGGUCAAGCCAAGUGGGUUAGACAAUCCGGUCUUGUCAUGUUGCAACCACACGGUCUCGAAGGAAUGGGUCCCGAGCAUUCUAGUGCUCGUUUGGAACGAUUUCUUCAAAUGUCCGCUGAUGAUUCGGAUUAUUUCCCACCGGAAAGUGAGGAGUUUGCUGUUCGUCAGUUGCACGAUAGUAACUGGAUCGUCGCUAAUUGCAGCACACCAGCGAAUUAUUUCCACAUUCUCCGACGUCAAAUUGCAUUACCGUUCAGGAAACCAUUGAUUCUGAUGACACCAAAGUCGCUGCUCCGUCAUCCAGAGGCUAAGUCUAACUUCGACUUGAUGCUAGAGGAUACACAAUUUCUCAGAGUGAUACCUGAAGAAGGUACGGCAGUUCAGAAUCCCAACGGCGUUAAGAGGUUGCUGUUCUGCUCCGGAAAAGUCUAUUAUGAUCUGAAGAAAGCGCGCACAGAACAGAAUUUGGAAGACAAAGUCGCGAUUGCGAGAGUGGAACAGAUCUCGCCUUUCCCGUACGACCUCGUCAAGAUAGAGGCUGCUAAGUAUCCGAAUGCAGAGUUGAUCUGGGCUCAGGAAGAGCAUAAGAACCAAGGCGCAUGGACUUACGUGCAACCUAGGUUCCACACGGCGCUUAAUGGCAUCCGAAACGUAGUUAGCGCGUCAAACUCAAAUGGUCAAGGGUGGUUUGCCGGUUUGUUCUCGUCGACUAAACCGAUUGAAACCACAACUGUGUCAAAGCCGCAAACAACGGAACCAACGGAACCAAAGCAAAGAACAGUGAGGUACGCUGGACGUCCCACUGCAUCGUCACCUGCCACUGGAAGCAAAAUGCAACACCUCAAAGAACUCAAACAGUUGCUCGAUGACUCCCUCAACUUUUAAUAAUCCUUUGUGGCACUACAUGUAGAACUGAAAGUUUAUUUAUUUUUCUCUUAAUGUACACAUUAUGACAAUUUUGUGUCUUGCUCGACAUACACCACAGAACAGAGAUUAUAUUAUCAUAGCCGAUUAAAUGAUUUCUUCGAACACAAUGGCGAAGUCCUAUUUAAGUUCGUAGCGCGCACAAAUGUUUCACGCUCGUUUAUUUGAAAUAUAUUUUUUUUCUCUUGUUUCUUAAUUUUUCUUUUUUUUCCUAUUAACGCAUGUAUAUACAUAGCUAUCACAGUUUUACAGGCUAAACUGUGACAGCUUUCCAUUAAUAUACUUGAAUAUUGAUUAUUAAUUUAUAUUAGCUUUUAGCUCAUGCUGUCUCUCAAUCAAUUACUCAUUUACAUGUGAUUUAAUUCUUUUUACCUAUGUUUGAAUGUGAUUUUUAUGCAUUUUUUUCUGGAAUCUGCGCGUUUUCAUAUGUAGGUCUGAAUGAUAUGCUUAAUGCGUGUGAUUGGGUUUGUUGGAAAUUUAGAUAUAUAUCAUUUUAUAGAUAUAUAUAUAUAAAUAAGCAAAAGAGAAACUUGCUAGUCCAUUAAUCUACGUAAACGUGAAACAUUUGUACGUUCAUUGUUCUCUGUACUUCAGCCUGUUUAUACUUUAAUUCUAAAUUAAUUUUGUGAAGUCAAUAAGAUUUUACAGAAAGGGAAAGUAUUAUUAAUUUAUGCAAUGUUACGCAGCGCGUACAUUUUAACGUGUAGUAGCGUAUAGUCCUGUAGUACACUUCGGACCGAAGAGACUGUCUAUGGCAAAAGGCUACGUGGUACAUAAUGGCCAAUUUUUUUUCUCUAGUAAUUUAUUUAUGCGCCAUGAGACUGUUGCCAAUCACUUUAACUUUUUAUCGUCGCUGUAUUUUUAUAAAAAAUUAAAUGAUUGGCGGAUUAUGCAGCGUUCUCGACGCAAAAGAAGUGUGACGUAGCACUAAUCCUUCGAGAUAUAUCUCUACUUGGCUUCGGUUGUACUGACACGGUGACACAUUAGAUGCUAGUAAUAGAAGCACAUCGAACUCGGAUCUUUGAUCUUGGUUUAAACUUGAUUGCGCGACCGACGCCCUAGUGCUACCCCAUGGACAGUGUCGACGGAUGCAGCUCUCAGUAAAAAAUGUUGAGAGUGGAAGACAAAUUAGUAAUAUCUAAUAGCGUUUAGAAAUUAAUUUUAAUAAUAAUAAUUUAGCCGAAAAAAGGCCGUGGUUCGCGUGUAUAGUGUAGUGAAAGUGCGUAGUAUUUAAUAUUCUUCUAUCUGGAUCGUUUGAAAAAUGGAACGCACGAAGAAUCUUGAGACGCUAUGCACGAUCUUUGCGCUGAUCAAAAGAGACCUUGUAAUAUUCGUUUUGUAUUGUUGGAAAGCAGGUGCUGACAAGAAAGCGGUCUUAUAUUUUACUUGAUAUCUUACAAAAUGAUAGUUAUGUGAUAUCUCUAUUGAUCUAGCACGAUAUUAUUGUUAGUUCAACAAAAGACACAAUAUCGUUCUACUUGUUCCUAUCCGUUGCAUCCGUCAUAUAUGCGUAAUUGUAAUACACGGAAUACGUAUAUGCUUAAAACAAAUUUUCUGUCAAACAAAUAAUGUCUGACAUUAAAAAUUUUAUUUAGCAAAUACCACUGAUAUUACACCCGAUAUUGUAGCGUAUUAUUGCUAAUUGAAUUAAAUUGUCUCAUCGUCUCCA